CCAGAGCGACACAUCACCAGUGUAGGACGUGAAGAUGGACCACGUUUUGCUCUGUGUGCUGGAUUUCCUGAUUCUCAGUUUUCUCUGCUGUGGAAACUCUCAAGUGGCAACAGAGUCGGUCCUCACUGUGUCUCCAUCAUGGCUGAAUCCUGGAGCCUCAGUGACUCUGAGCUGUGAGGUUGAAUAUGGGUCUACAGGAUGGAGGUUCUACUGGUAUAAAGUUGUUCCUGAUUUAUCACAGAAUGACUAUAAAUAUGAUCCACUGCCUGGUAGCAUCAAUGGGACUGGAGAGAACUCCUUCAUCAUUCAUGGACAGAAACAAACAGCAGGAUUUGCAUGUAGAGCUGGAAGAGGAAACCCAGAGUAUUUGACUGAUUACAGUGAACCAAAGUUCAUCUGGUCUGCAGAUCCUCAUCCAGCAGCGUCUCUCUCAGUGAGUCCUGACAGAGAGCAACACUUCACCUCUGAGUCUGUGACACUGAACUGUGGAGGAAACUCUACUGAGUGGAGAGUGAAGGAGUAUGGAGAAAACUCUGAUGGGUUGAUAAGUUUUUCGGAUGAAUAUGAAAUAAUCUCUGGUCGCCAGUUGUCAGAUUGCUCCAACUCAUGGGAAAUGACUGGAUCCUCAUGUACCAUUAAGAGUCGGUGGGGCCAUAAAGCAGUGUUCUGGUGUGAGUCUGGAUCAGGAGAGUUCAGCAAUGCAGUUAACAUCAGCAUAAAUGAUGAAGAUCUUCUCCUGGUGAGCCCCGUCCAUCCUGUGACUGAAGGAGCUUCUGUUACUCUGAGCUGCAGACUGAGAGGAGAAAACAAACUUUCUGAUGUGAUUUUCUAUCAUAAUGACAAACUGAUCCAAAAUGACGGCAGAGGAGAGCUGAAGAUCUCUGCAGUGUCUCAGUCAGAUGAAGGUUUCUACAAGUGUGAACAUUCAGGAGAAGUUUCAACUCAGAGCUGGAUGGGAGUUAAAGCUCCGUCCGGACCUGGAAGCUCGUCUUCCCCCGUCAUUGGAUCAGUGAUUGGAUUCAUCGUUCUCAUUCUCCUGCUGCUGCUGCUCUAUUACUUCAUAAAGUCAAAAUGUGGUGAUUCACAGCAGCCAGUCGGUCAGGACCAGGCUUUACCUCUGCAGUGAGUUCACUCCUCCCUCCUACAAAGGGAGAGAAGUUCAUCAUCACCAUGACAAGAAAACCCCAGAUGGAUCUCCAUAGUAACCAUGAGACCAAAUCUGGUGCAUUAUUUGAGGUUCACCUGUAAAAUCUCUUUUAGUCGUGUACAGACAAAGAUUACUUUUUUUUUUUUUUUUUUUACAUUUUAUCAUUUGAUUUGCAUUGAACCAAUUCAUACAUAUUAUGGUAUAGGGAUGAAUUCUGGAUGGUGUUUUCUGUAAUUUCAUGCUAUCUUUCCUUUAAUCUGCUGCAAAUUCAUCAGCUGCAUUUCCAUAAACCAUGAAUUUGAAUUACAAAAAUAAAUUUGAUAACAGAAACACAAUUUCCAAAGAGAACUUUUUCGAUGAAAGAUUUUGUGCAAAGAAAUUGAUGUUUUUCCCAAAACCAAAGCCCUGCCCUGCUCCGCUCCCGUCAGUCACACAGCCUGGAUGAUUUCAGCUUGACUCACUCUGCGGUCACAACAUGCGACAAAGUGGAGCCGGAAGAUGUUAAACGAAAAGCUAAAAACAAUUACAACUGCUAUUUCAAAUUAUGGUCUGUAGACAAAAGCAGUAAAAUCUGAAUUAAAAUAAUAUUUAGGGUUUGUUUUGGGCUCGAGACUCUAAUGAAAAAUAAUUAGUUAGAUCAGAUCAGGCUUGGAAACAAUGUCUGCGGCCUAGAAAACUCGACCCGACCCAACCUGGUCGGGUCGGGUUUUCUAGGCCUCUACUUCCUGGUUGGAUUUUUUUGCCGAUCUUGUGGUUUCCCAUGUUUUUAGUGAAAACAUAUCUCAGUCAAACUAUUCAUCUUUUAUCAGUGUUCAAGAAUUACUGACUUAAAACAAGCUCCUCUCUCUUCAGGAAAAGUUACUCCUGAGUUAGUUGUGGCUCAUUUAAAGUGUUAAGAUAUUUGCUCUGGAAACUGAAUAAAUAUACUUGGUAAGAUUUUCUUUUUUGUCUGCAGUGCCAUUUUUUUGUUGCUCAUCUGUUUGGCUGCUGUUUUGGUUUGCUAUCUUGGAUCAUCAUCUUCUAAUUUAGUUUUUGAGUUUCCUUUUAUAUUUUUUUAAAGUAAAAUUGUUGAUUGUUUUCCUUUUUUUUAUUUUUUAUC